AGUACACACGGUCCCGCAGCAGCGCAGCGUCGUCGUUUCGGUUGAACCGUCAAAUGUCUCUUCUGCGAAUUCCGAACCGGACCGCCGCCAUGAUACACGGGAUAGAAGUCUUCCAAGUCUUCGGAAGGGAAGGAGCUGGAUCUUUUUCUCUAGCUCGACCGGGUUCCGUUACCGCAGUCGCCAAUCGCAUCGUUUUCCCCCCGACAAGACUUCUCAGGCGGCAUCGGGCAUCUACCAAUCUCGGCCGUAUUCGUACCAAGAUUCGGCGAUCAGCUCGAGGAGGCAACUCUCGGAUGACGACGAUGUUGUUGUUUCGCGGAUGCUCGUGUUGCUUCUAGGUUUGUCGGGAUCAGUAAAUUUUCGCUUCAGUUUGAUCGCCGCAUCGGGCCUGGAUCUUGUCUAGCUGGAUCGUCGGAUGGAUGCGAGUCCAUUUUAGCACGAAGGAGGUGGAUUGCGAAGGUUAUUGGGAAAGAAUUGGCAAGGACCAUUGCGGCCUGGACUUGCCCGUCUUUUCCCUUGAGAAAAGGGCCCGUAUAUUUCUCGGGAAACCUGAUAAAAUUGGAACUGAAAAAAAAUCUCUUCCGCAUUGAUCCUUGGAUGCUUACAUUAUUGAUGAACUAAAUCAAACGGAGCAAAAAUCAAUAUAAUUCAGCUGCGACACCAGAUAGUGUUAUGUUAUCUGUUUCAGAAGGUUUCUGGCUGUGCUGCAGCCUCAUUUGUCCUUGCUGUAGUUCGAAGAGCAAUGACAUAAGUGAGGAUCCUGUUCUUCGUGGAGGUUCAACUUCAUUGGACUCAUUUGAGCUCAGGUCAAUUUCUGGAAAGACACCAGUAACUCCAUCUAGAGUACCUCCAAGUCCAUCUCGAUUUUCACUGUCUCCACAACCAAAUAAACUUGAGCCAUUAAAUCUCAGCCUCAACGAGAUCAUCAAACUUACAAGAAAUUUCUCAUCCUCACAAAUAAUUGGCGAAGGUAGUUUUGCAACCGUCUAUAAGGCUGAGCUACCUAGUGGACAGUUUAUCGCUAUAAAGCGGGCAAAGAAGGAACAUAUUGCUACCAUUGAAGCUGAAUUUAAAAAUGAAGUUGAACUCCUCACUAAAAUUGAGCAUAAAAACUUGGUCAGAUUACUUGGUUAUACUGCUAAAGGGAAUGAGCUUAUUAUCAUUACUGAGUAUGUGCCAAAUGGCAACCUAAGGGAGCAUUUAGAUGGUAAGUAUGGGAAGAUAUUGGAUUUCAGUCAACGGCUAGAAAUAGCCAUUGAUGUUGCUCAUGGAUUGACAUAUCUCCAUCUAUAUGCAGAAAAGAUUGUCAUUCACCGUGAUGUGAAGUCGUCGAACAUUUUACUAAAUGAAGGCUUUGGAGCCAAGGUCGCUGACUUUGGCUUUGCUAGAACUGGACCCAUGGAAGCUGAUCAGACUCACAUUCAGACAAAGGUAAAAGGUACAGCUGGUUAUGUUGAUCCAGAAUAUCUGAAGACGUUUCGCCUUACGGUGAAGAGUGAUGUUUACUCCUUUGGAAUUUUACUGCUGGAAAUUCUUUCGGCCCGCCGCCCAGUCGAAAUAAGGAGAAACCCUGAUGAAAGGAUUACUGUGAGAUGGGCCUUCAACAAAUAUAACGAAGGCAACGAGAGGGAAAUAUUGGAUCCUGAGAUGCGUGAAGUGGUGGAAGAUCUGGUAGUAAAGAAGAUAUUUGCUUUGGCGUUUCAAUGUGCUGCUCCAACCCGCAGAGAUCGACCAGCCAUGCGGGAAGUUGUCGAACAGCUUUGGGAGAUAAGAAAGGACUACGCUAGAAGUCGUCAGAGGUCGUGAACGAAAUUUAAUAUUGUAUAGAAGUGACUAUCAAUUAUUAUUUGUUGUCAUUGAAAACCUUCCACAUGUUUUCAAUCUCUUGCAGUUGAGCAUUUGCCUUUGGAAUAGUUUUUGGGGUAUGUUAAAAAGUUAAUUGUGUGCCAAUGUACAGUUUGUGUGUGGAAUGCUUAUGAGGGAUACUUUUGCUCCUUGCGUCAA